GGGUUUAUCACCUCUGGUCUCUGCAAGCCUCUCAGUCCGAGAGGUCCAGCUUGAGAGCAGAAGGGCGAGGACUGCAAUCUGGCAGCACAGGAAAGGGUUACAAUAGCGGAAGCAGAAGUUAGGAGUACAGCUGACCCAGAGGGCGGGACCUGAUAUUAUUGCCUGCGCAAGAUGGAGGCUCCAGCUAGCUUCACGGACGGAGAAGUUUAUCAGACAGAUUUCAACCCCAGGGUCUACUUGGAAACAUACUACAGCCUCGGUGCAAGUCAUUGCAAAGGAAACAAGAUCCUGACACUCAAUCUGAGAAGCCUGUGUGAGAUGUUCACUUUAAGUGAUGUGAAGGGCGACAUCCUGAUAGAUAUUGGCAGCGGCCCCACCAUUUACCAGCUCCUUUCUGCCUGCAACAAGUUUAACGAGAUCAUCGUUUCCGACUAUACAGACCGG